UCACUCAAAGAACAGUGAUUUGAAAUAAUUGGGAAUAAAUAGUUCGUGAAUCCCUGAAGCGUGCAUAUAUAUAUUCCUGCCAAGAUAAAGGUAAUGGAGUCGUCACGCAGGUUCCAGCCGGCCGUCAUCCUGCUUCUCCUGCUCAUUGUGUCCACCGAUAUGGCACAGGCAAGGGAAUGCGAGAAGUACAGUGAGCGAUUUGUUGGGGCAUGCAUGAUCGCAGACAACUGCGCCAAUGUGUGCCGCGGUGAGGGCUUCUUGGCCGGCAGGUGCAGCACCUUCCGCCGCCGCUGCAUCUGCACUAGGCAGUGCUAAACAAGAUCGCUCGAUCGUUCGCCAUGCAUCGACAACCUAUUCUUAAUAACGUUCAUUAUCUCGUUCUUAUUUAUGACGAAUGUCAUGUAUGUUCUGGUGACUGUCAUGUAUAUUCUGAUGACUGUCAUGUAUCUUGUUCAUGUAUGCUCAAGGUUCAUUAUCUUGUUCAUG